UUAAAAUCCCAACCCUCUCGUCUUCUUUCCCUUUUUCUUUUUCUUUUCUUUUUUUCUUUUUUUUGAGAAGUUGACUUGCCGCUGCUUCUCAGUGGGCACAUCAGCUGUAAUCUGGUCCCCAGUGCCUGUCGCUGACACCAUGAGUUUGGAGGCUGAUGACCCCAAGGAAGUGGCCACAGAUGUAUUCAACUCGAAAAGUCUGGCCAUUCAGGCACAGAAGAAGAUCCUUGGAAAAAUGGUGUCCAAAUCUAUUGCAACCACUUUGAUUGAUGAUACAAGCAGUGAUGUUUUAGAUGAGCUCUACAGAGUGACCAAGGAAUAUACACAAAAUAAAAAGGAAGCAGAGAAAAUAAUCAAAAAUCUCAUUAAAAUAGUCCUCAAAUUGGCAAUUCUCUACAGGAACAACCAGUUCAAUCAGGAUGAAAUAGCACUGAUGGAGAAAUUCAAGAAGAAAGUUCAUCAGCUGGCUAAGACCGUGGUCAGUUUCCAUCAGGUGGAUUAUACCUUCGACAGGAAUUUUUUGUCCAAAUUGUUAAAUGAUUGUAGAGAGCUUCUUCAUGAAAUCAUUCAGCGUCACCUAACUGCAAAGUCACAUGGACGUGUCAACAAUGUCUUUGAUCACUUCUCUGAUUGUGAAUUUUUGGCUGCCUUGUACAAUCCCUUUGGACCUUUUAAACUCCAUUUGCAGAAACUUUGUGAUGGUGUCAACAAAAUGCUAGAUGAGGGGAACAUAUAAGUACUUGUAUUAAAGUUGAUUAUGCAUUAUUUGUAGAUGGAACACUGAUGAUUUAUGAAGGAAUAAGGGAGCAUGCAAAAAGGUUUUUUUACAGUAUGUCAGAUUUUUCCAUAAUAUCUCCAUUAAACUAAUUCUCCUUGAUGAGUUAUCUGUUGCUAUUCAUAGUACAUCUGGAAGAAAGACUGCACAUGACUUUUUUUACUGUGCUUUGCCUAUGGAAACAGGGGGAUAAAGACAAUAAACAGAACAGUCCCAGUAGAGUAGAAGUCUUGCAAAGAUAGAUAUACAGCCCAGUAUGCUGUCAGAUAAUUCACAUCUUUCAUAGUUUUACAGAAUUAUUUCUAACCUAUCAGAGUCCACAGACUAUGAUGGUGAUGGUAGAAUUUCUUUCACUUGUAAAAUACAUAUAUUUGAUUCAUUUAUAGUACUUCAUGCUCUCUGCACAGAUCACAGCUUCCUUGUUAUGCCCUUAUGAAGCAUUCAGUUUUAAAUAUCAGUGAUUCUGUCAUGUAGAGUCUUAACAAGCUUGUUCAUCUCCAGCUCAGUGGUGGAAACUUUCUGUCUGCAAGGCUUUCUGUCUGUAUAGAUCCUGAUAGACCCGCACAAAUGCUUGCUUCCUUUGAUUACAUGGGGAUUAUUUGAGGAAUAAGCUACAGUAACAUAGCCUUACUGGGGAAGAGUAUUCUCUAGAAACCUCCUGCGGUACAUAAUUUAACUACGCCUACAAUAAGGUAAAACAUAGUGACUUACGUGUGCAAUUCCUUAGGAUACUUAGAAUUCUGCUAAUAGGUCGCAAUUCUGUCUAAAAUUGUGUGAGUCUGUAUAUCUUAUACACUAGGCUGAUGUGUAUGAUGAUGUGAAUUCAAAAAGCUUGAUGAUUUGGUAGUAAAUUCCAAGCCAGUUUGCUUUGUGUACAAUGAAACUAGAAAUAGAAAUUAGUUUUAUCAUUGUGUUAUAUACUAUUUAACUAGUGGAAAAAUGGAAUCUUGAAUAAAUUCUUUUUUUCUUCUUUUCUCCCUUCCUGCUCUUCACCCUUCUUUUUCUCCUUCAUCUUCUCUCUGCCUUAUAAUCGGGGGAUAAAAAAUGUGACUUUCUAGACACUGUAAUGUACUUAAAAGUAAGAAGUUAAUACAUUUCAAAUACCUAAAGACUUUUUUGUUAGGAUGCAUAUAAAGAAUUUGCUGUUUAUUUAAUUGCUAUUGUUUUUGCUGUUUGCUGUGUCCUUUUGUUUUAAUGAGUAAACCAAAGAAUAUUUGCACUCCUAACU